AUGGAGAAUGAUAGCAUUAGUUUUGAAAUAAGCUUGGAUCCAUUUUUCGUUCCAGGUGGGUCGAGAUACAUCAUAUUUUUUGUUGGCCUGGCGAUUUAUCUUUUUUGCAUUGGCUGCAACUUGACUUUGCUUGGCCUCAUCAUAGCGAAGAGGGCCUUACACAAGCCCAUGUAUUUCAUUCUGUUCAGUCUACCAUUCAAUGACCUUAUAGGGAUUACGGCCAUGCUUCCCAAGGUCCUUUCAGACAUUUUAACGGACACAAGCAGCACCUACUAUCCCCUGUGUGUCCUUCAAGGUUUUCUGCUGCACAUGUACGGCGGUGGGAUUCUUUUUAUCCUGGCUGCCAUGGCGUUUGAUCGAUACGUGGCUAUCUGUUCGCCUUUGAGAUACAACACUCUCAUGACUCCCAAAGCUGUGGCUGGCAUUAUCGCAAUCGUUUGGGGUCUGGACUUCAUCUUCAUAUUCACAAUAUUUGUGCUGCAGGCCCGGAUACCCAGAUGCAAGUCGAAAAUGAUGAACGUGUUCUGUGAUAACCCCUCUCUCCUCAAGAUGACCUGUGGCAACACCCUCAUCAACAACAUUGUUGGUCUGACUAACACUGCGCUGAUGCAAAUCAUCAGUAUCUCCAUUCAGGCUGUCUCCUAUGUGAAAAUACUGAUCGCCUGCCUGGUCAUGAGAAAAAACGAAGCCAGGAGUAAGGCCAUUAACACCUGUGUGGCACAGCUGGUGAUAUUCUUUUCAUUUGAGAUCACGAGUACCUUCACCAUUUUAUCACACAGGUUCCAACAUGUUUCUCCCAACUUACAGAAGAUCAUGGGCAUGUUGAUCUUUCUGGUACCCCCAAUCCUGAAUCCUCUUGUCUAUGGACUCAACUCUCAAGAAAUUCGAAAGAACCUCUUUGGCCGACAUACGAAAGUGUCUGUUUGA